AUGGCCAAUGAGAGUUCAGGAUGCUCCACGACAAAGGUGACGUCAUCAUUCCUACUGGCGUUGGUGUGCGCCGCCGCGUUGGCUCUGGCGGCUGCGCCGGCGGUCGUGCCGCAGAACUCGCCUCAGGACUACGUGAACGCCCACAACGCGGCGCGCGCGAACGUCGGCGCGGGUCUGCCGCCGGUGUCGUGGGACAGCCAGGUGGCUGCGUACGCGCAGAACUACGCGAACCAGCGGGCCAGGGACUGCCAGCUGGUGCACUCGGGCGGGCCCUACGGCGAGGACAUCUUCUGGGGAUCCGGCCGCGACUACACGGCGGCGGACGCCGUGGGGGCCUGGGUGGCGGAGCGGCAGAACUACGACUACUCCAGCAACACCUGCGCCUCCGGCCAGGUGUGCGGCCACUACACGCAGGUGGUGUGGCGAUCGUCGACGGCGAUCGGCUGCGAUCAAUUAGCAAUUUUUCUACCAUUUUAG